UCGAGUCUCGAUCUGACCACAGUUUUAAUCUGCCAGGAAGUUUCAUAUCAGUGCACACUCCACUGCAGAGUGAAAAUUUCAUUCUGCAAACAUCUGUUAUUUGCGUAAGUAAACGUUAGUUACAUGAAUCACAAAUAUGUACAGCACCUCUUCCCAGUUUUAAAACCAUUAGUAACUUUUGCAAAGAAAAGCACAAAUGUCGAGGUCUGAAUAUUUAUGUAAGAGAAAAUCUCAGUUCUAAAAUGAAGCUAAGCAAUGUUAAGUGCUAGAAAAGGAAUUUGAAUAUUAUGUCUGUGAAAUGACAGACUGUGGUCUUAUAAUUUUGUGCUUAAAUAGGUCACCCUCUGGAAAUAUCCCCUUAUUUUUUUUAAAUAUAGAGGAUCUAAUGAAUAAAUUGAGAAACAGGUCAAAAUGCACAAUUGUGCUGGGGGAUUUCAACAUCAACUUUGGAAUUAAUAAUAGUACACAAAAGGACAAGUUACUAAAUCUCUUUACCUCAUAUAAUCUCGAAGCUACAGUAGCCAAUAUCACCAUGUAUGGAGAUGGGUGCGAGACAAUAUCUCAUCAGAUGUUUAUUAAUAAACAGACCUGUAAUUCUGAUGUUGAAGUAGCAGAUAAAAAACAUGCCAGUGUGAAAUAUAUAGAAAUGAGACGUAUUAAGAAAGUAGCCAUAUGAUUUUUCACAACCCCUUGCAGAGUGUUAAAUGGGACGUAAUCUCAAACAAAACUAUAGAUACUAAAUAUGAUUCAUUUUUCACAAAAUAAAAAUACUACUUUGAUGUUGCCUUCCCUCAUAGAAAAACAGUUACCUCCCAAAUAUAAUUCAUGGCUAACUGCAGGAAUUAGGAAAUCUACAGGCGAUCUUUGGAAUCUCAGAAGGCUUACAAACUACAGUGCAGAGCUAAAGCCUCAUCUUAGAUGCCACAGAAAAGUCGAUAGAAAGGUUAUAAAUUCAGUAAAAAAGCUGAACAAUGAUUUAAGUGUGAUUCUUGAGUUUCUCCCGGCGUAUUUGAUAAUCGAAAUAUCCAUGGGUGUGCUGCUGGUCUAUAGUGUCCAAC